AUGGCGGUAGCUAUCGAUGGCAUGUUUGAUAAAGCUUAUUUACCGAAACAGGAACCAAAGGUAAAGUCACAUGUUCCUUCUAUGGAAAUCUAUCGCAAGUUAUACAAGGAAGCGGAUGAGAAUCCUGACCAAUUUUGGGGUUCCUUGGUUAAAGAAUUCUAUUGGAAAAAGUAUCCCACCGCUCAAUUCUUGAAGUAUAAUUUCGAUGUAAGUAAAGGACCGAUUCAAAUCAAGUGGAUGGAAGAUGCGAGUACCAAUAUCUGCUACAAUGCACUGGAUAAGAAUAUACAAAAGGGUUUGGGAAAUUCGAUAGCAUUUUACUGGGAAGGAAAUGACCCUAAAGACGUCAUAACAGUAACUUAUAAGAAAUUGCACGAAGAGGUUUGUAAAUUCGCGAACGUCUUAAGAAAAAAAGGUGUUAAAAAAGGCGAUCGUAUCGCAAUUUAUAUGCCUAUGAUACUAGAAUUGCCUAUAGCCUUAUUAGCUUGCGCUCGAAUUGGAGCUGUACAUUCUGUAGUUUUUGGUGGUUAUUCGAGCGAAUCUCUAGCUGAAAGAAUCCUUGAUGCCUCCUGCUUAAUGUUAAUAACAGCGGAUGGUGUUUAUCGAGGCGCAAAAUUAAUUAAUUUGAAAGGAAUCGCGGAUGAAGCGGUUAGCAUAUGCAAAGAAAGGGGGCAUAAAUUAAAAUCGUGUAUCGUCGUUUUUUAUUUAAAUAAACCGAACAAAAGUAUAAAAUCUGUGAAAGAAGCGGAUGUUGAUAAAUUAUCUGAUCAGUUGGCUAAGGAAUUAAAAUUAUCUUGGAGAUGCGGAGAAGAGACGUGUUGGCAAUAUGAAAUGGCCAGUGUUGGUAAUAUAUGUGAGCCAGAAUGGAUGAAUGCUGAAGAUCCUUUGUUUAUCUUAUAUACAAGUGGCUCUACGGGUAAACCAAAGGGGAUAUUGCAUACCGUUGCGGGUUAUAUGCUAUAUGCAGCAACAACUUUUAAAUAUGUUUUUGAUUAUCAACCUGGGAAUGUAUACUUUUGUACCGCAGACAUUGGUUGGAUAACAGGUCAUACUUACGGUGUUUAUGGACCGCUACUUAAUGGAGCCAUAUCAGUGAUGUUUGAAGGCAUUCCAUUUUAUCCGCAUCCUGGAAGAUUUUGGGAAAUCAUCGAUAAAUAUAAUGUAAAUAUAUUUUAUACAGCUCCCACUGCUAUAAGAGCUCUCAUAAAAUACGGAGACGAAGAAGUUAACAAUUUAAAAAUAUUAGGAAGUGUUGGGGAACCGAUUAAUCCUGAAGCUUGGUUAUGGUAUUAUAAUGUUGUUGGAAAGAAAAAUUGUUCUGUAGUCGAUACCUUCUGGCAAACCGAAACUCUUUAUGUAAGAUUAUCAAAUACAAUAUAA